GGCAUGAACCAAUACUUGAGGAAGAGUAUGAACCAAUACAUGAGGAAGAACAUGAACCAGAGUUACAAUUAGAUAAAUCUGUAGUUAGUAAAUCAUCACAAGUACAAAGUCAAAUAGCAGUAAUUCUACCAUACCUG